AUGGCCGGACUGGAAGCCUGUGGCAAAAAAGAUAUCUUCCUGUUGACGGACGAGAGAAGGUGGAGUAGUACGGAUGGUGGAAGAUUUGGUGAGGUUACUCAAUAUGCUGCUGCUGUCAAGGACUACGAAAGUCCUAGUCGCUCCCUAUCUAGCGUCAAUGAAAAGCCUCUGUUGCACUGA